UGAAAUCCCUCCCAAUUUUUCAUUUCCCGCCUUCGUUCCCCUCCCCUCACUCUCUAAACCCUAGAAACCCUAGACCAAAAAAUGGGUACAAAGAAAUCUGCUGCUGAUCUAACUUCAGAUCUUAAGAAGAAACGAAAAGUUGGAUUCUCCAGUAUCGAUGCUGGUGUUGAAGCAAAUGAUUGCAUCAAAAUAUUUCUGGUGAGUAGCAAAGAAGAAGUUGAUGUUGAAGAAAGCUGUUGCAUUGACCCGAUUGAUCUUAACCGUUUUUUCGGUGAAGAUGGGAAAGUGUAUGGGUACAAAGAUUUGAAGAUUAACAUUUGGAUGAGCAGCAUAUCUUUCCAUGCUUAUGCUGAUAUAACUUCUGCGAGCACAGCUGAUGGAGGCAAGGGGAACACGGAUCUAAAAUCUGCUCUUCAGUCGAUAUUUGGUGAAUCCUUGCUGGAGUCGCAGGAUGAUUUUCUGCAAACAUUCUCUAAAGAGACUCAAUAUAUCAGAGAUGUCAGCUCUAGUGGAAAGGUGGUGCAGUUUAAAAAUCCUGGGGAUCACCAGAGUGGGGCUUCUAAUGUGGAGGUUAUUCAUCUGCCUGUAACUAGUAUUGCCGUGGGAGAGCUAUAUGGUCGGUUGGUACCUCUGGUGCUACUGCUUGUUGAUGGUAGUAGUCCCAUCGAUAUAUCUGAUCCGAAGUGGGAGAUCUAUCUCAUGGUUCAGAAGACAGAUCAAAAAGGAGAUUCUAACUCUAAAUUGCUUGGCUUUGCAACUGUUUAUCGGUUUUACCAGUACCCAGACAGUUCUCGUCUGAGGAUAAGCCAGAUGCUGAUAUUGCCUCCCUACCAGGGCCAAGGCCACGGCCGUCACCUUCUAGAGGUUCUGAAUUCUGUUGCAAUAGCUGAGAACGUUCAUGACAUGGCCAUCGAGGAGCCAUCUGACUACCUCCAGCAACUCCGAACCUGCAUAGACACACUUCGCCUACUUGCUUUAGAUGCAAUCAAACCAGCAGUUGAUUCAGUUGUUUCACAUCUGAUACAAGAAAAUCUUUCAAAGAAAACCUGCAAGUUCGAAUCAGAUCCACCUUCAGCUUUAGUUGAAGAGGUCAGGAAAACUUUGAAGAUUAACAAGAAACAGUUUUUGCAGUGUUGGGAGGUUCUUAUCUAUCUUCAACUUGAUCUCAACAACAAGAAGUUAGUGGACAACUACAGGACAUUAAUUUCAGAUCGAACGAAGUCCGAUGUCUUGGGUAAAGAUUCUGGAACUGGCGGGAAGCAAGUAAUUGAAGUUCCCAAUGAUUAUGAUCAUGAAAUGACAUUUGUUAUGUUCCGUCCAAGAGGAAGUGAGAAGAUGGAUGGCAUUGAAACUGAAGUUAACAAAAACCAAACUAAUCAAGAGGAGCAGUUGAAUCAACUAGUUGAUGAACGUAUGAACGAAAUCACUGAGGUUGCAGGCAAGGUAACACAGCAUCGUGGAUAGUAUUUCAGCUCUCUACUAGUUUAAUAGGACAUAGGAUUUAUUUUGAUGGUGCAGGUAACCUUUGAGGAAUUUUUUAUUAUCUACCCAUUUCAAAUAUGAUGAUUUAGCCAGUAAGGAAUGAAUGUAAACUAAAUAUAAUUUUCGAUUAAAACAUAGACCAGUGACCAAUGAAAUUGGGUUUCAUCUAAUUCAUACAUGCCUUUUAGUUUUGUU